GCUUGGAGUGCAGAGGAAAGCAUACAAAGUCUGGUGGGUGGAGGCAGGAGAAGACCUAGAAGUGCUGGGUGGGAGGCAGAGGAACGGCAGCUGAAGCCACAGCUAUUGGGUGCACAGCCAUCUCCCCUCUGUAUCAGGGGGUAGAGGCGCCCUGCGUCCUGUCACCAUAUACAUCACACGCUGUAGCCAGUGCUGACACCAAGUGAGGGCUUCUUCCUCUCUUCAUCCCAUCACUGGGGGCAGACAUGGAAGAUGGACCCUCUUCUGAAGGCUGCUUUAGAAGGUUCACCGACUGCUUUUUAGGCGCCAAUUUGACGGAUGAGAAAGUAAAGGCAUAUCUCUCUCGCCAUCCUCAACUGCUGGAUGAAUUUGUAUCAGAAAGUGUUGCUUCGGAAACAGUAGAAAAAUGGAUGAAAAAGAAGAACUUGUAUGAAGAAAUGACCCACACAGAAGUCAGCAGGCAGUACCAGGAUACUAAUAUGCAAGGGGUUGUGUACGAAUUAAACAGUUACAUGGAACAGCGGCUGGAUGCUGGCGGAGACAACAAAUUACUUCUCUAUGAAUUAAGUGAUAUUAUCAAAACAGCAACAAAAGCUGAUGGAUUUGCACUAUAUUUCCUUGGAGAAUGCAAUAAUACCUUAUGUGUGUUCACACCUACUGGAACAAAGGGAGGACAGACGCAGCUUACUCCUGCAGGACCAGUUGAAUAUGGCACCACAGUAGCUGCCCAUGUAGCCAAAUCUCGGAAUACUUUGUUACUAGAAAAUAUUAUAGGGGAUGAAAGGUUUCCAAAAGGUACUGGACUGGACUCAGGGACUAGUAUCCAGUCUGUUCUUUGCUUACCUAUAGUUACUGCAAUUGGCGAUCUCAUUGGGAUUCUGGAACUUCAUAGGCAUUGGGGAAGGGACGGUUUCCGUUUGUGCCACCAACAGGUGGCAACCGCAAAUCUUGCUUGGGCUUCAGUAGCAAUACAUCAAGUACAAGUAUGCAGAGGAUUAGCAAAGCAAACUGAGCUGAAUGACUUUCUAUUAGAUGUGUCCAAAACAUAUUUUGAUAACAUAGUUGCAAUAGAUUCUUUACUUGAACAUAUUAUGAUAUAUGCAAAAAACCUGGUGAAUGCAGAUCGAUGUGCACUCUUUCAGGUAGACCACAAAAACAAAGAGUUGUAUUCUGAUCUCUUUGACAUUGGUGAAGAGGAUGAAGGGAAGCCAGUCUUCAGGAAGACCAAAGAAAUCAGAUUUUCCAUUGAAAAAGGCAUAGCUGGUCAGGUUGCCAGAACUGGUGAAGUUCUAAACAUUCCUGAUGCCUAUGCAGAUCCACGCUUUAAUAGGGAAGUAGACCUUUAUACAGGUUAUACAACGAAGAAUAUCCUGUGUAUGCCUAUUGUAAGCAGAGGGAGUGUUAUUGGUGUUGUACAGAUGGUGAACAAACUAAGCGGAAGUGCCUUCUCCAAAACAGAUGAGAACAACUUCAAAAUGUUUGCUGUUUUCUGUGCUUUAGCCUUACACUGUGCAAAUAUGUACCAUCGAAUACGCCACUCUGAAUGCAUUUACCGUGUGACUUUAGAGAAACUGUCUUAUCACAGCAUCUGCACUUCAGAAGAAUGGCAGAACCUCAAGAACUGUACCCUUCCAGCACCUCUUUGUAAAGAGAUUGAAUUAUAUCACUUUGACAUUACGCCCUUUGAGGACCUUUGGCCAGCGAUUUAUGUGUACAUGAUACAUCAGUCUUGUGGACAAACUUGCUUUGAACUUGAAAAGUUGUGUCGUUUCACUAUGUCGGUGAAAAAGAACUAUCGACGUGUACCCUAUCAUAAUUGGAAGCAUGCAGUAACCGUGUCACAUUGCAUGUAUGCUAUAUUACAACAUAACAAAGACUUAUUCACAGAUUUGGAGAGAAAAGGGCUUUUGAUAGCAUGCUUAUGUCAUGACCUAGAUCACCGGGGGUAUACAAACAGCUACUUACAAAAAUUUGAUCACCCCCUGGCAGCAUUAUAUUCAACCUCAACAAUGGAGCAACACCACUUCUCCCAAACUGUGUCUAUUCUGCAGCUGGAAGGGCACAAUAUCUUCUCUAACUUGAGUUCCAAUGAGUAUGAGCACGUAUUGGAGAUAAUCCGCAAAGCCAUUAUUGCCACAGACCUUGCACUGUACUUUGGAAAUAGAAAACAUCUGGAAGAGCUCCACCAAACAGGAGCCCUCAACUUUAACAACCAGGUGCACAGGGAUCGUUUAAUAGGUUUAUUGAUGACAGCAUGUGAUCUCUGCUCUGUAACCAAACUGUGGCCCGUGACCAGAAUGAUCGCUGAUGAUAUAUAUGCUGAAUUCUGGGCAGAGGGUGAUGAAAUGAAAAGGCUUGGAAUUUCCCCAAUACCAAUGAUGGACAGAGAUAGAAAGGAUGAAAUUCCUCAGGGGCAGAUUGGAUUCUACAAUGCCGUAGCUGUUCCUUGCUACACAACAUUAUCACAGAUUUUUCCUACCACAAGACCACUUCUUAAUGCAUGCAGGGAUAAUCUUAACCAGUGGGAGAAAGUGUCUCGGGGAGAAGAUACCACAAUGUGGGUUCCCACGCACCCGACAGAUUCUUCAGAUUCUCUUCCUGUCAAGAUUGACGACUGAUCAGCAGUGGGAUAGUCAGAAGUAGCAUCCAUAAGGACAUCAAGCACUGCAAAAGGGAGAACACAACUGUACAUUUUCCCUAAUUAACUAGAAACAUUAGUAGACCUAUAUUAUCGCAAGGCUCUUAUGUAGGAAACAAAGCUCCUAGCUAGUGGUGUUACCUGCAUAUCUCCCCUUUGGGUACUUUUUCCUUUUAAGUCUACCCGGUACUAAAAUUCUGGAGAGAGAUUGCAUAUUACUGAGGUCUAAAGAGACCUUUGCUGGAUAUCGCAUCCGGUAUUCAAAGGUUUUAGUUGUAAACCUAUGAACUUUGGUAAAAGCUUCUUAUUUUUAAGAGGGUUUCUUAGGUGGUUGUUUACUGAAGGCGUUCUGAGAAUUAUUGGCACUUAGUAAACCUGUGAAAGGUUUGGCUGUUAAGUGUCUUGUACUUUAUGUAGGUUAAUAUGAGCACUUGUUUUUUACGUCGAAGUCUACAGAACUGUAUGCAAAGACUUCAAUGCAUUUGAUAAGAAAGA